CCCCCCCCCCACACGCGCGCGCGCCACCUCCCAUCCCCGUCCCCUCCCCAGAAUUUCACCACCACCACAACCAAAGAUCCCCCUCCAACUGCCUCCUCUGCUCGCUCCCCUCCCGCGCCCCACCUCUGAGGUGAGGAGAACCCCACACGAGCUUCCCAAACCCAACACGACCCAGCCGGUGCUCCCCCUCCGAUCGAUCCCCUCCUCCUCCCCUACCCGCCUCGCGCGUGCGAUGCAGCACGGGAGCGUCAGGCGGCCACACGCGGCGCGGUGAGUGAGAUGGUGCGCUUCUUCCGCAGCGGCAACCUCGCCUCCAGGGUCUUCGAGCGCCAGCUCCUCUCCCCGCGCCCCGGCGCAACCGUUAACACUGUUCGACAGUUCUAUGAGAAUUUAGUCCCAAGCCACACUAUAUAUGACAUAGAUUGCCCAGAUUAUUCAUUUCGCAAGUUCACUGACGAUGGAAAAUAUCUUGUGGCUUUUAGUCGAAACCACCAAGAUUUGAUUGUAUACCGUCCCAUCUGGUUGACAUAUUCAUGCAACGAAGAAUGUGAUUCUCAUGAUCUUCCCCCAAAAUCAAAGAAGUUUGACAGCUUUUUUAAGCAGCUCUACUCAAUUCCACUUGCAUCCAGCAAUGAAUAUAUUUGCAAGGACUUUUUCCUGUACAUGGAAUGCCAUCAAUUUGGCUUAUUUGCAACAUCAACUGCACAAAGUAACGAUUCAAAUGCCACUGAGGGUGCAAUACAUGGGGUGCCAUCAAUUGAGAAAAUAGCAUUCUAUCUUGUGAGGCUAGAAGAUGGUGUGAUACUGGAUGAAAAGGCUUUCUGCAAUGAUUUUAUCAAUCUGGCUCAUAGUAUUGGUGCUUACUUGUACGAGGAUCUGCUUUGUAUUGUCUCUCUGCGAUACCAAACAAUACAUAUCCUACAGAUCCGAGAUUCAGGCAACCUUGUGGAGGUACGCAGAAUUGGCACGUUCUGCCGGGAAGGUGACGAUCUAUUUCUUCAUUCACAUGUCCAGAUUGGUCAUGGGGGUUCUUUUCUUCCUGGCAUCAAGCAACGGUUGCUAUCGUAUAUUUUUCGCAAGACUUGGAAUGAGGUUUUGGAUCAGACUUCGAGGGUCCAGCAUCUGAAGAAGAAGUUCUAUUUUCACUUCCAAGACUAUGUUGAUCUUAUCAUAUGGAAGGUACAGUUUUUGGAUCGCCAUCACCUAUUUAUCAAGUUUGGUAGUGUGGAUGGAGGGGUUUCUCGAAGCACUGAUCAAAAUUUAGCAUUCUUUGCUGUGUACAACAUGGAGACGACAGAUAUAGUUUCACUCUACCAGAAUUCAUCGGAGGAACUCUAUUCUUUGUUUGAACAUUUUUAUGACCAUUUUCAUGCAAACCCACAAGAUUCAUCGCAUGGAAAAUUUAUCUCGUCGCACUCCAAUGAUGUUCAUGCUCUUGAUCAACUUCGCACCAUUAAAAAUAAAGCAAGCAGCUCCUCACAGCAGUUUGUGAAAAAGAUGAUGGCAUCAUUACCUUACACUUGCCAAUCACAGAGUCCUUCACCAUACUUUGACCUAUCCCUUUUUAGGUAUGAUGAGAAGCUGAUUUCAGCAAUUGAUCGUCAUAGGCAUUGCACAGAGCAUCCAAUAAAAUUUAUAUCAGUGAGGCAACCAAAUGUUGUCAAAUUUAAGAUCAAACCAGGUUCAGAUUCUGGCACUUCUGACAGCAGAGCGAAAAGAAUUUCUUCCUUCUUGUUCCACCCAUUUUUCCCGCUUGCACUUUCGAUUCAGCAGACUUAUAUGCAGCCAACUGUUGUCAAUAUUCAUUUCAGGAGAUAGAAAAAAGAACAGCUGUUGCCUUACUUGUAUUUCUGUCCUUGGUGAGCUUGCAGCACUGCUCGCUGAAAAUUUUGGCCAUCUGUAGUAGGAUGUUUAGCUGGCAGAUGUUACGAUAGGUGGCAAGAGAAACGAGAAAGAGUAGUUUGGUUUCGCUUCCAAACAAGUACAAAAUGCAAAGAGGCUCACUAUUCAUCUUUGUCAUUGUGGCUUCGUACUGCUGACCUAUGCUUCUAGAUGGCAAGUUUUGCUAUGAGUGACGCUUCAGGUGCGCUUGCUGCGGGAUUUAACGGCGUGUAUGGUUUGGAGUGUGGUGAUCUGGUUCAAGAUGUUAGUCUGGGGCAGUACAGGUUGAGAUUAUGCAAGAAGGGGUUGUAUAGUUGGAUGCUUGAGGUGGGGGCAUAAUUGAAGUCGAAAAUAUGUAAAUUAUUCGGAGCUUGCUCUAGAAAAAACGCAAGCCAUCGACGAUUGCAUCGAGCUGAGCUAAGAAGGGUCCGAUUUGUAGCGACU